CUGUUGUGGCGGCCUAAGUCCAAGCACCUACUGUCCUGCGCUCUUAACUCUGGUCAGGGGAAAGAUGACAAGUCCGCAAGGCAUGGCAGCCGGGAGCUCAUCGUUGACCUCCAGCCUCACCAACUGGCCCACCCUCUUGGGUCUGAUCUCUGUUACCUGGUCGGCGCGGGCAGAUGGACUCCCGGGCUGCAGGUUUGCGGGCUCUUCUCCCUUGCACCUCUCAGCAACAUUUGCUCCUCGGCUUGUGGCAUGUGAUCUUGCCGCUCGAUUUGCUGUUGCCAAUAUAUUUGUAGUUGUUCCUGUUGUUGCUGCAGGACUUGCUGUUGUUGGCAGCACAAUUGUUGUUGCCAAUGCAAGUGCAGGUGUUGGAGGAACUGUUGUUGUUGUAUCAUCCUCUGUUGGUACUGUUGUUGAUGAUAUUGUGCGAGUUGAACUUGCAAUAGGAGGUGGUACUGCUCCUCGUAGACUCUCUGUUGCAUGGCUUGUUGUUGUUGAAAGUGAUGAGCUUGUUGUGCCGUUUGGUUCAGCACUUGGAUUUGUGCAUGGUGUAUGCUAUGCUGGUCUCGCCUCGGGGGUUGCUCGUGCCAUGCCAACAGCUGUUGUUCGUGUUGCCAUGUUUAGAGCUGCUGCUCAAGUUUCAGUGUGUGCAAUUGUUGUUGGCCCAGGAGAGGCAUUUCUAGUUGAGGCUGUUGGUCUCCUUGGUGUGUCAACUGUUGGUAUGUGUGGUGAGUGCGGUCUUCCGUCUGCUGUGUGUAGUCCACCGGGUGGUCCCCGGGAGGCUGAGGCAUUCCCAUAUGUGGCUGUUGUUUUCCCUGGUGCGUCAACAAUUGGUGUUGUUGCGGCUGUACAUCCUCCAUGCAGUAAUCCUCGAGAGGCUCCAGGGACGACAACAGUUGCUGACGUUGCUGCUGGUGCGGUUGCUGCUGGGUAUCCCCCCUGUUUUGAUUUUGGGUCAACAGUUGGGGAGGACACUGCUGUCGAGCUUGGUCUCGAGAUUGCUGCCCCGGAGGGUUGUCUCGGUGCAACUCUCCCGGAUCCAGUUCCAGGUGUGACAGGAGGGUUCGCGGUUGUUGUCCCAAUCCAUCUUCGACAUGGUACGGUUGCGGGAGAGCAGUUGCAGCAGCGUGUAGCUUCACUGGUUCCAGUUGCAAUUGUGACGGUUGGGUCAUCGGUUGCUGCUGUUCCAAUCGGUCUGUUGACCGGUGCUGUUGCAGGAGAGCAGUUGGCUCGACCUGACCCUUAAGUCGGGUACAUUCCAGAGAGUGUCGUUCCUCUAUCGCAGGUAUGAUCGAUUGUCGGGGGGCAGGUCCGGGGGCAGGUUUGGGAGUGGCAAUGCUUCUUUGUUUGAUUGGGAGGAACUUUUUUUCCCCUGUAAUCAGAGAGACUACCUCUCUCACGUGAGGUGCCAUUCUUGACUUGUCUGCUGCAGAUUGCCCAGUUGCGUCCAAAUCCCGGUCCACCUCACCAUCUGUGUGGCAGGGUUUAUACAACGGGCUGCCAGUGGUGGAUGUUGGUGGCUGUAGGGCAGGAUGUUUGUCAUUCUCCUUGUCGGUGCCCCGAUGGAGAGGGAAAGCUGCACCUUUUAUUUUGUUAAGAAAUGAAUUGGCUUUGAGCCA